AUGAAGGUUCUAGUGCCCUCUGUGACAGGGAAAAGGGUUUUCUAUGCUGUUUUCUUUUGUAUACUUCUGGUAAUCGUGGAACUGCUCUGGCUGGAUUAUGACAGUCUUCUUUUCUCUUACAGUGAGGAAGGACACUUCUCCCACAGGUCGCUGCCGCCGCUCACGCUGAAGAAUGUCACUGAGUCUCUGCGCUACAUCCCACACAGCACCAUACAGACAUGGAGGGAGAGGGACUACCUCAUUGUGUUUGGCAUCCCAUCCAUUGACAUUGAGGCGAGGCGGAGACGCCGUGAUCUGCAGCGGACUACGUGCUGGCAGUUCCCUGGUGUUGCACGGAGGGCGAAUGACUUCACUGGGGCCAUGUUGGUGUUGUAUGUACUUGCACGGCACCCAUCACAGGGCUACAACUAUUCUGCUGCACUGGAGAAGGAGUCUGAUGAAUGGCAUGAUAUCAUUACACUGCCGAUGAAUGAUGUUUUGCCAACAACGAACAAAACAAUUGGUGGGAAUGGUUAUUGGGGUACCGAGGCUGAGAUUGGUAUGAGCCGAAAAACGUACUUUUGGUAUGAGUUGGCACUGCGAGUAUUCCCGAAUGUGAACUACAUUUCGAAGGGAGAUGAUGAUAUGUUCAUGCGAGUACCACAGUUUUUAUCUGAUUUACGUUUAUUACCACGGCGUGGGACCUACAUGGGAGGGUAUUAUGGUGUUUGGCGCGGCAAGAGAGCCAAUCCACCGAAUGUGUAUUUUAUGAUUGGGUACUGCAUGACGUUGGCGAGAGAUGUGGCGCUGCAGCUUGUGUCCUUUAAGCCUAUACAGCGUCUUGUACAUUUGCCGUACAGCAAGGAACGGGAGCCAGAGUUUAAGGCAUUUAAUAUGGAACAUGAGGAUAUAAUGGUUGGACGUGUGCUUCUGCAUGAGAUAAAUUAUGAACCACUUCGUCUUGUUAAAGUUGAUUAUUGUCGAUUUUUUAAUAUACGAAACAAAAGUGGGCAUUAUUUGGUUACAUCUAAUUCUAUUGUUAUUCAUCAUCUUGAGGCGAGUGACUAUAGUGAUUUGAUGAGGCGGUUUGGUAAUAUCAAAUCUCCUGUCCCCUCUAAGUUGUAUCUUGAGAAACAUAACGUUUCUUUGAUCUCAUGUAUAUAA